AUGCCUUACCCUGAAGAAGCUGAGGGUUUCCAGGUGGACAGCCCGGCCACCUACACCACCUUCCACAAGCGGUUUUUCAAACUCAAGCCAUUCGGCGACUAUGAUGUGGACGUCAAGAUCGAAGCUUGCGGUGUUUGCGGAAGCGACGUGCACACCAUCAGCGGCGGCUGGGGUGAUCAGAAAUUCCCUCUCUGCGUGGGCCACGAAAUCAUCGGUCGCGCCAUCCGGGUCGGUCCCAAGGUCACGCUGAUCAAGGAGGGCCAGCGCGUGGGCGUGGGCGCGCAGUCGUACUCGUGCGGCGAGUGCAAGCAGUGCAAGAACGACAACGAGACGUACUGCCCGCACCUGAUGAUCGACACGUACGGGGCGGAGUGGCCGGACACGGGCAUCGUCAGCCAGGGCGGAUACUCGUCGCACGUGCGCACCCACGAGCACUGGGUGUUCCCGAUCCCCGAGCAGCUGGAGACCAACCUAGUGGCGCCGAUGUUGUGUGCGGGACUGACGGCGUACUCGCCGCUGGUGCGCAACGGCUGCGGCCCCGGCAAGAAGGUCGGCAUCGUCGGACUGGGCGGGAUCGGCCACUUUGGCGUCAUGUUCGCCAAGGCGCUCGGGGCGGAGACGUGGGCGAUCUCACGGUCGCGGGCGAAGGAGGCCGAUGCGCGCAAGCUGGGCGCAGACGGAUACAUUGCGACGGCGGAGGAGGGCUGGGAGAAGGAGCACCUGUGCUCGUUUGAUCUGAUCAUCAACUGUGCCAAUUCAUCCAAGGGCUUCGACCUGGCCAAGUACCUGUCGAUGAUGGAUGUGCAUGGUCGGUGGAUCAGUGUCGGUCUGCCCGAGGAGGAGGGCCAGGUCAUCAAGGCGCAGAACCUGAUUUCGAACGGAGUGUUGAUCGGCGCCAGUCACUUGGGUAGCCGACGCGAGAUGCUGGCGAUGCUCCAGCUGGCGGCGGACAAAGGGUUGAAGGGAUGGGUGGAGGAGUUACAGAUUGGGGAGGAGGGCUUGAAGGAAGCAAUGGAGCGCAUGAAGAAGGGUGAUGUGCACUAUCGGUUCACGUUGACGGGGUAUGAUAAGGUGUUUGGUUAG